AUGCUAGACCUAGACCUCGGCAACCCGGUGCUGGACCAGACCACGCUACCCUCCCCCGUCAUGACGCCCUCCCGGCCCAGCGCCGGGGGCACCAAGCUACGAGAUAGCUGCCAUGCCUGUGCUACAUCCAAGAUCAAAUGCCCCAAAGAGAAGCCCUCAUGCUCCAAGUGUAAUGCCCGGGGCAUUAAGUGCCAAUACUUUUUUGCAAAGCGCCCCGGGCGGAGGCGCGAGAACAGCAGCGGCGGUCAUCCGAACAGCUGUACCGAAAGCAAUAACACCAGCUUCCACACCUCCUCAUCCAACUGCAAGCCCAACACCGACCAGGAAUUGCAGACCGACCGGUCGCGAGAUGAAGAUACAAUUGAGAUCGUGGGAAGUUCUUCCGGGGCUACCACAGCUCAACCCAACGGGUCACCGGAGACCAUCAGCUUGCUCGAUACACCUCCAGACUUCAUGAUGUCGAUUUCCCCGAUGCCAGAUAACCCUCUUGAAACGUGCUCGUCAACCCUCUUUUCCGGGAUCGGAGACUCGGAUCUAUUCGCAGAUUUACCAGACUUUGAUCACGACUUCGACCACAUGGAUUUCAUUAUUGCCGACCCCUUGGGUUUUGAACGUCCUCUCGUGGACUGUAACAGCGCCACCCGACACCCAAGUGACAUUGGUUCACUUCUCAUCCCGGACGAGAUCAUCAAUUGUAGCCAUGGCACGUCGGAGCUCAAUGAGCUCAACAGUGCAUCGUUUACGGGAUCAUCAGGGGUGCCCUCUCUCACCUCUAGCAGCGUUCAAACGCCGACCAUUACAGGGUUGAGUGCGGUACGUGCCACCACCACCAACUAUUCACCAUGUGGGUGCGUGGCACAGGCACUUGAUCUAUUAAAGAUGCUUUCUUCGGCGCAGUGUUCUUUUGUCUCCAAGCUCACCGACACAGAUCUACCGCUCUCGUGGUCGAAACGCAACAAUUCGGGCGUUACCGAGAGUGUACUGUCUGAGAACAAAAGCCACAUCGAGACAGUAAACAGCAUGCUUUCAUGCUCCUCAUGCACCGAGAAUGCCUUCCUACUUGCUAUCAUCUCCAUGAUUGGGCUCAAAGUUCUGGAGCGAUACGCCAGCGCGGCACGAACACAGAGUUUCGGCUCAAGAGCAGGAAGCAUGGACCAUUAUAUGAAGGCGCUGGGACGUACGUGUAAUAAAGACGACGCCGCCAAUGGUCGCGUGCCCGCGCGUCUUGUCCUUAGCGAACUGCACCGCGUGCAACGAUUGGUGAAUCAGCUAUCACCAAAGCUUGAGGACCCCAAGGGAGGGAAUGAUCGUAGCCUGGUUCAGGAAUGUACGGGCCACCGUAGGGGAGCAGAAGAUAAUGAUAUGAUGGUAGCAACGUUCUUUUCCUCUAGUACGUUGGCUCUGAUGGGGAGCGACUUGCGCAAAAGCCUUAGUUCGUUGUCCGCGGAUAUCAUCAACCGGUUGAGACAAAAUUGA